AAACAAGCGGCUGGUGUUACACUGAAUCCUGUCCCCCCUGUCUGUCGCCGGCUGGUGUGCUCCAUUAACAUGGCCAGUGCGGUGUGUGCCAGAUUCCUCCUUCAGAGAUCAACACAGGGGUUUCUCUUCUCCUCCAGGGCAGUGCCCGCUUUCUCAAGCCCAUUUCUGUCUCGUGCACAUAGAUUGGGUCCCAGUGAUGAUGAAAUGUACCAGCGCACCACGGUGUCCGUCAUGCAGAAGGAGCCGGGCAGUGGGAUCAUGAUCCACACCUACAGUUCCCAAGGAUUCAACAUUGACGGCAACAAAGUGUUUGGUCCCUGUGCUGUGCUGCCUCCUGCUAUCCUCCAGUGGAAUGUUGGCAGUUAUAAAGACAUCACAGAAGAAAGUGUCUCACUUUUCCACAUGCUUGAACCAAGAAUAGAGAUUCUUGUGCUGGGCACGGGCGCACGGCUUGAACGAAUUAACCCCUCAGUUCUUGCUCUACUCAAGAGUAAAGGCAUCGCUGUGGAGGUGCAAGACACGCCAAAUGCAUGUGCAACCUUCAACUUCCUGACAAGUGAGAGAAGAGUGGCGGCCGCUGGUCUGAUCCCUCCUCCUAUCAGCACGGCACUGGAAGUGACACAAUAAUAAUAAGUGUUGUGAAGUCAACAGAGACUAGCACUGAUUUCUGCAGAUGGAGGUCAGAGGCUUAUGAAUGCUCUCAGGCCUGUUAUUCUACUUCUGCACAAAGCUUCCAAAGGAACAAACUCUGAAGAAACGAUCCCUGUAUUUGGUUACAACUGUUAUUUUUUGGUGUUAAAAGCAGACAGAGUUCUAACAAAUGCUUUGAAAUCUAGUGUGUAGAAGUGAGUGUGAGUGUGCUUGAGUGCAUAUAAAGGGUGCACAAGUGCUCAAGUGAGGACACCCAUGAUGGAGAAUUAGACUGUAAUAAAGUGUAACAGUAUUCUUGUGUAGAAAUACUGUGUUAUGUGUAUGAAAUAUAUAUUUAAAAGCUUUAUAUGCAACAAACAAUAA